CACACACACACACACACACAGACCAUUCACUCCGCUCUGCUCGGCUGAAGAUGAAUCUAAUGAAUCUAAUGAGUCUAAUGAGUCUAAUGAGUGCAUAGUCGUUGUACGUAACCGCGUCCCCCCACAGAAGGGAUCACACUGCACGUGGCUGUCUGCGUUGAAAGGCCUUUUGCUGAGUGUCGUGUGUGCGCGAGGCUGCCGUCGGGUGAACUCACGAGACUCUCCGUCGACAUGUCUGCGGAGGAAGCGGACAAGACGGCCGCUGCCGAGGCCAGCGCCGGAGACGAGGAGGAGGAAUGGCUCUAUGGAGAUGAGACUGAUGGCAAAGAUGAGGAUGAAGAGGCCAAACUGAAUGCUGCAGUCAGUGCACCUGCUGAUGCUUCAACAGAGGACGCUGCAGGACACGCUACAGGGAAUGGAGUGUCGUCUGAGGCGACCGGCGAAGGUGAGGGUGACGGCGAGGGUGAAGGUGGAGGAGCAGGUGAAGAUGUUGACAGUGACAGCGACAGUGAUGAUGACGACGAUGAUGUCCGUGUCACCAUUGGAGACAUAAAAACUGGAGCCCCGCAGUACACAACUUAUGGAGCUCCACCUGUCAAUCUCAACAUAAAGACCACAGGCUCCAGACCUUAUGGACAAGCCUCCAAGAUGAAGGGAGUGGAUCUGGAUGGUCCUGGAAACAUUAACGGGGUUCCAGUGCUGGAGGCUGACGUGGAGUCCUUUGAAGAGAAACCCUGGAGAAAGCCAGGAGCGGAUCUGUCGGACUACUUUAACUACGGCUUCAAUGAAGACACAUGGAAGGCUUACUGUGAAAAACAGAAGAGACUGCGCAUGGGCCUGGAGGUCUCUACCGUCGGCUCUGUGACGAGCAAAAUCACUGUUCAGCAAGGCCGGACAGGAAAUGACAAAGACAUGUCCUGUUUGCCCGUUCACACGUCCAAGCCAGACUUCACAUCACCCGUCAGCCUGUACAAGCCCACUGUCAGUCAGGUCCCCAGGAUCUCUCCCCCUCAGUGGCCUGGUCCUCCUCCUCCUCAGGACAUGUCCUAUUAUACGAAGACGAGCGGAACUAUAGAUGUGAUCGGCGGAGGGACGGCCACCAUCAGCAGGGUUGAAGGGCGACGCAGACACAAUCUGGAAGGCAACAAUAUCCAGGUGAUCGCCGAGACAUCGGAUGCCGAGCCGACUCCAGCUAAGAUUCCCACGUUCUUCCCUCCUGGACCAAUUCCUCCAAACAUCCCACCACCUCCAUUCCUCCCUCCACCACCAAACGUCAACGCUGCACCCCCACUCAUCCCCCCACCCAGGUUGCCCAUUACUGUUCCUCCUCCCGGUUUCCCCCCUCCACCCAGGCCCCCUCCCACGAUCAUCCCCACUAUGGACAGUGGCCACCCUGGAGGUUAUGAUGGCCGCUCUGUCCCUCCCUACCCAUUCCCUCAAGGCGCAUACCCUCCACCCAUGUCCGGAGGCGUGCCUCCUCCUUGGCCCCCCAUGAUGGACAACUCUAAACCCUGGGACUACUAUGGCCGUCGGGAGGACAAGAGAGAGAAGGAGAGAGAGAGGCCCAGAGAGAGGACACAUGAGCGGGAGAGAGAGAGGGAGCACAGCCCUUCAGCGAUGAGCUACACCAGCGACGAUGAGCGGUUUCGUUACCGCGAGUACCAGGAGCGUGGUUACGGGGAGCGCCAUCGGGACCGGUCGAGCAGAGAGAAGGAGGAAAGACACCGAGAGAGACGGCACCGAGAGAAAGAGGAGGGGCGCCACAAGUCCUCUCGCAGCAGUAGCAGGAGGAGGCACGAAAGCGAGGAGGGCGACAGCCACCGGAGGCACAAACACAAGAAGAGCAAGAGGAGCAAGGAGGGCAAAGAGGCCGGCGAGGAGAUCAGCGCAGACCAAGAGAACCAGGAGACCAUGGAGUAGCGAUGGCCACGUCCCGUUUUGUCCUCCCUCCCUCUGUCUGUCUCUGGUUGUUGUUUGUCCCUCCGUCUCUCCCACCAAGAUGAGAAACAACAAAAAGGGGGAAGAUGAGCACAGACCAACAAAACCAGAAAGUUGCAGAGCGAUCGAUGGGUCCUGUCACUCUCCUCUCCAUCAAUCACAAUUCUCCUCCAUCCUCACCGUCACCUCAAGCGGAGAACGGACGGAGCAAAGGAGGUGGUAAAGGAGGGGGUGGUCGUCCUCUUUACUCCAUCUGUCUUUCCAUCACUAGCUGACACCAGACAAGGCAUCAAUCUGUCUUCCCCCCCCUCCCUCUCUCGUCCCUCCCCUCCCCUCAGAGCACUGCUGUAACGAUUAGGUCAUGCUCAGAGAUUUCACUGUAUAGUCCCAAUGAUCAGCAGAUUCAGCUCUUUUUUUUUUUUCUGUCAUUUGUUUGUUCUUGUCCAGUAUGAAGACAUCUAUAGAGUCAAUUUGUUGAGUUCAAUUAAAAAAAAAAACUUUUGAUAAGA